AUGACGUCCGUCGGGGCGGUUUCCGACCUCUCGAUCUGCGACAUUUCGGUUGCCUCGGCUGACCCCAACACGGAUCAACUCACUUUGCACAAUGUGCAACAAGAGUUGGCCAAGAACCUGGCCGCCAUGAUGCAAGGCAUCCAAGCCGUGGCAAACAGCCACAAAGAGGACCACGCCAACCUCAAGCAGCGUGUGGUAAACCUAAACAAGACGGUGAAGAAACAGACGCGCGCAAACAAUGAUCUCAAGCGCAAGUUUGUUGGCUUGCAAGAGAAGAUGACAGACGCCGUCUCUUCCACGGUCGCAGAGGCUUUGAGGCUUCAUUGCCUUGACGUGAGCAAUCUGGAGACGCGAGUCAGCAGCCUCGCCGCCACCACUGCCCCCACCAUUGCUGCCGCCACCACCACCACAGCAGAGGAGGUGAAUCUUCCUCGAGAUCGCCUCACCACCGCAGAGCAGACUGCGGCAGAGGUCCCUGCGCUCCGUGAGCGCAUCGCCGAGCUCGAAGCUGGGCAAGCAGCCACCGAGGCACAGCGCGCUACGGAAUCGGCAAUUCUGCACGCUGUCGUGGCUCGUCUCGACGCGCUGAGUGGAGAGCACGCUGCGCUUGUCGAGCGCGUGGUCGAGCUCGAGCAACAGCAGAGCUCCGAUCAUAGCGUGAUCGAAUCCGACCACUCAGAGAUCGCCUCUCUCCAGGUCCAGGUUGAGGAUCUGACGGUGAAGACCGAAGAGGCCUCUACCAUCGGAGCAAUGGUCACUGGGGUAGAGGACGACUGUGCACAGCUCGAGGCCCGCACGAAAGAUCUCGAGGCCAACUGCCUUCGUCGCGUGCAGAAGCGCAGCUGGAUGUGGGCUGCCGUCUGCGGUGUAGUCGUUUUUGCAUCGCUAGCCACACUGGCAUACGUGGACGCCCAGGAGCCAACGUUCUCUAGCUGGCUCCAAGCAUUUGACGAGAUGCCUGAGCACCUCAUCAGGCUCUGGAAAGGUGCCCCUUUGCCUCCCCCCAGUGCCAUAGACCUUAUUAAGGCAGCGGUCCUCCGUCUCUUUGGUGCUGAGCCAGCCCCACUGUUGCCCACCACCUUCUCGGCGCUCGGUCAAGCCUUGCUUGCCCGUAGCACUCGCUUCUUUUCAAGCUGGCAGAUCGGCUUACGUUUCCAUAUCGGCAACAACGAGCAGAUUGCGCUUGCAGGCAACACCAUCAAGACUCACUGGAUGGACUUGAUCGCUACCGUUUGCCCAUUCACCGCUUUCCAUAUCGGCAACAACGAGCAGAUCGCGCUUGCAGGCAACACCAUCAAGACUCACUGGAUGAGCUUGAUCGCUAUCGUCCGCCCAUUCACCGCUCUCCUGAAUGCUCACUGGAUGAGCUUCGGGCUUUGGCUCCAUCGCCACGUCUAA